AUGUAUAUAAACAACGAAUUGUGUCCUUAUCAAAUGAGGAAAGAAGAGAAUAAGUGUAAUACUAGAAUAUUUAGGCCGUGGGAUAAUCAAGUAACAAAAAGUGAUGUAAAAGAUAAUUCGCAAGAUUCUACAAUAUCUACCACGACCAAAGAUGAAGAAGUUGAAGAAAAAUUUGAAGAUACCUUAUGUAAAACGCCAGAAAAGUCGCCAACAAAAAUUUCACCUGUGAAAAAGUGUCCUUCUCCACAAAGUGAUUCAGGGUGCAAUACAAAAACAAACCAUGACAUUUUGAAAACUAAUUUAUGCCAUCAAUCAUCAUCAUCGAUGUGUCCAGAAGCUUUCUCAACAACACUAUCAACAGAAUAUCUACCAGACCCUUAUCACAUAAACAACGAACUAGUUCAAGCAAAUCUUGCUCAACACCUUGGACUACCUCCAAACGAUCCUCUACUUUUGGAGUCAUUAGCUCAAGGAUAUGCUUUAGAAGAAUACGCACGGGUGUUGAGCCAGGAACAGCAAUCCAAAUUGAUAGCCGCCAAAAAACAGAGACCAAAAAAGUAUAAGUGUCCACAUUGCGAUGUUGGGUUUUCGAAUAAUGGACAAUUGAAGGGACAUAUUAGAAUACAUACAGGCGAACGCCCUUUCAAAUGCGACGAAAAAGAUUGCGGAAAAACUUUUACGCGAAAUGAAGAGUUAACACGACAUAAGAGGAUACAUUCGGGUCUUCGGCCUUUCCCGUGUAGCCAUUGCGGAAAACGUUUCGGGAGAAAAGAUCAUUUGAAAAAGCAUUCCCGGACACAUUUUCAACCUAGAGGCUUAUACGCCGUUCCCGUGGUGUUGCCGUUUGAAGCUUGGGCGUCCGGACAAACUAAUGGAUAUCCGUUUUUUCCUAUGAUGUAUUAA